CCAGCUGACGGUUUGCUGCGAGACAAAUAAAGACAUAAAUAACUAAAUAAAUCAGUAAAAACACCAUUUGUGCUCCGUUAAAAGUUGGUAAAGGUGAAUGUGAGGGUCAGCUGAGAGAAAUGAACCGAGUGGAGCUGAUAUCUGAUCGCAUCUCAGCCGCUCAUUUGGACCGGAGGAGAAACCGAGAGCUGCAGAGACAGGAGCGCGUUUUCAACACCAAAGUCCGGACUAUAGGAAUUGAUAAAGAAGCUCUUCAGCAUCAGGUGCAGGAGAAAAGAUCUCAACAAGAAUCAGAGGCCAAAGCGCUGAAGGAGCACGUUGAUGACCUCAUACGCACUGACCGUACUGCAUGUCUACUGGAGAGCAGGCGGAAGAAAGACGAACAUCUCCUAGCGGAGGCCAUUGUAAACUUCCGCCAGCAGUUCCAGCAGCCCAGCAGUAGGCGCGAGUUCGACCUGAAUGACCCUGAAGUGCUGAAGAAACAGGACGGGGUACAUAUUCUGCCGGGGUUGGCAGGCGAGGACCUGAACAUUGGAGACAGAACACGGAGACAGCGGGAGCAGCUGAGAGACUGGACCUUACAGCAGCAACAGGAGCUGGACCAGGCCAAGGAGCUGCGAAGACUGCAAGCUCAGCAGUAUGAUCAAAGUAGAGUAGCCCUGGAUAACCGAGCCCUCAAGCUGCAGAAGAUGGAGGAAGAGCACAAGAGAGCCACCAACAUCGCCAUCAAGGACUUUAACCAAGCUCUGGCAGUCAAAUUGCAAGAACGGAAAGAAAGAGAGCGUCGUCAGGAAGAGGAGAACAACCGAACUGAUAUCCUGAACCAUCUGCAGGGGGAGCUGCUGAGUGAGAACACACAGCGGAGUGCCAGAGUGCGCAGGGACUGCUACAAGGGCAUGACACCCGAGCAGAUCCGAGAAUUCACCAUCUGUCAGCAGCAGCAAGCUGAGGAGAAGAAGCAUGUUCGCUUGAAGCAGAGGUAUGAGCAGCUAAAGGAGGACCGUCUGCACAUGGCCUCAGCUCGGACUGCACUGCUGCAGGAGAGACAGCAGGCGAGAAUAAACAAGGAGCUGCGCAGAGCUGUGGAUGAAACUAAUAAAGAACUGGCCCAGGUUCAUGACGGGCUGAAGAAGGCAUUAAAAGAGGUUUACACCAAUGUCCCUGAUGAGAGCUACUUCUCCCAGUUCAAUAAGUGCAGCAGAUAGAAAUCUCUAAAUACCAUUACGACACCUUUAAAAAUAAAUAAA